AUGGCGCUGCCCUGGCACCUACCUUUAGAAGCAUUACCGUCGUUUAGAGAAAAAGAGCGCCCAAUCGAAUCCACCUUACUAAAACAUUAUUGUAAGAUAAAUAUUCAUGAGAGCCCUUGCGAAGAACUGCAAACGGGUCUUAUGUGCGAAAUAGGUAUAAAUAACAAAGAACCUGCCACCAUACAACGCUUGAUUGCUGCUGGAAUGACUGUUGCUCGCUUAAACAUGCGUGACUUAGAGCCUGAUGCUUGUGGACAAAUCAUACAAAGUAUAAGACAAGCUGUAUACAAUUAUAGUGCUGAAUUAGAAUACGUCUAUCCUUUAGCGCUUCUUGUUGAUGUAAGAGGACCAGAAAUUAUUACUGGAGAACUGAAAGGAGGACCGCAAACUACUAUUGAGUUGAAAGAACAAGAAAUGAUUAGAUUAACAAUUGACACCAGUUGGCGAGAGUGCGGUACUGUAGACUGCUUGUUUGUUGGUUAUGAUCAUUUGACCGAUUUACAAAAGGGCGAUUGCAUAUUUAUUGAUAGUUUAACCUCCGGUAAAAUAAAGCUCGUAAUCGAAGAAGUUGGCGAUGACUCAGUUGAAUGCAAAAUCGCUACAAAUGGUAUGGUAGGUGCUAAAAUGGCAGUUCAUAUUUCUAAAGUUCCACAUGAAAUAGAUUUUAAAAAAGGAAACAAAUCUCAGGAAUCCAUUACUUAUAGUGAUUCUUUAGAGCAGCCAUUUGAACAUAUGGAAGAACAAAUUGCUUUUGCCAUAGGAUCUGAUAUCGAUGGUAUUUUAGUACCAAACGCACAAAAUCCGCAGGACAUUCGCGCGGUAAGAGAAAGUUUAUCAGAAAAGGGAAAACAUAUACUUGUUUUUGCAUGUAUUGAGUCUGUUUUAGGUUUUGACAAUGCUGAUAAUUUACUGGCUGAAGCUGAUGGUUUAUAUGUAGAUAGAUGUGUUUUAAGUACAGAUUUACCAGUAGAAAAAAUAUUUAUCGCCCAAAAAUCAAUUUUAGCGAAAUGUAAUUAUGUUGGUAAACCAUGCAUAUUCAAGGCGGUUUUAAACGAACAAAUUCCGACACUAUGCGUAAAUGAUAUCGCAAAUUUAGUAUUAGAUGGAGCUGACGUUCUUGCACUAGAAUUGCAUUAUGACUCUCCGUUAAAGAAAUUAGUACAAAGUUACGAUUCUGUUAAAAUGGCUGAGCAUUGUGUAGCAGCCGCUGCAGUUAUAUGUAGACAUGCGGAGAAUAUUAUUUGGCAUCCUAAAGUAUAUGGAAUAACUGACCUCAUGCAAGUUUCUCUUGAAGAGCCCACAAAAGCAAUAGGUGUCACUGCCGUAGAACUUGCUAUGCGUUCUCGUGCUGUUGUAAUAAUUUGUUUAACAAACUCUGGACGUACCGCAAAAAUUCUUUCUCAUGCUAAACCUACGUGUCCUAUAUUAGCAGUAACAAGAGCAUGUCAUACUGCUCGACAGUUACGAUUUUGGCGAGGUGUUCGAGCCAUGCAUUAUUUUGAAGUAGCUAAGAACACAUGGUGUUCCGAAGUGGAUUCUCGAAUUCACGCUGCUCUUGAUUACUGUAAAGCAAAGAGAUUAUUACGUGCCGGAGAUCCAUAUGUUGUAGUAACAGGAUCAAGACGUGGUGCUGGAUAUUGUGACAAUAUAAAAUUGCUUUAUGCAAGUGCUCGAGAUACUGUAUGCGUGGAAUGA